GCGGAGGGUUCCGAGAAGUGCGCACGCGCACUGACCUCGGCGGGCCCUAGCAACCAGAGCAGUGACAGUAGCAACGGCCGGAAUGGCAAAAGCAACAACAAUCAAAGAAGCUCUAGCCAGAUGGGAAGAGAAAACCAGUCAGAAGCCAUCUGAAGCCAAAGAGAUAAAGCUUUAUGCUCAGAUUCCCCCUAUAGAGAAGAUGGAUGCAUCUCUGUCCACACUUGCUAAUUGCGAGAAGCUUUCACUGUCUACAAACUGCAUUGAAAAAAUUGCCAACCUCAAUGGCUUAAAAAACUUGAGAAUAUUGUCUUUAGGAAGAAACAACAUAAAGAACUUAAAUGGACUGGAAGCAGUAGGGGACACAUUAGAAGAACUCUGGAUCUCCUACAAUUUUAUUGAGAAGUUGAAAGGGAUCCAUGUAAUGAAGAAAUUAAAGAUUCUCUACAUGUCUAAUAACCUGGUGAAAGACUGGGCUGAAUUUGUGAAGCUGGCCGAACUGCCGUGCCUGGAAGACUUGGUGUUUGUAGGCAAUCCCUUGGAAGAGAAACAUUCUGCGGAGGGGAACUGGAUUGAAGAAGCAACCAAGAGAGUUCCCAAACUGAAAAAGCUGGAUGGUACCCCAGUAAUUAAAGAGGACGAGGAAGAAGAUAACUAACACCAUGUUUUCCGCUUCAUGUUAACUUAUUUAAAUGUCAUGAGAACAAUAGAUAAGUUUUGUAUAAUUGUCUAUUUUAAAGAUUCUGUGUGGGGCAAAAGAUUAUUAAGAUAAAACAAAUCUCUCAUUCCUAUCUUUUUUUAAACCUAUUUAGUGUUUCUCCCCCCAGAUAGUAACAGUAACACCAACUUCAUAUAUUCUAGUACUUUUUUUUAGAAAUUCAGAUUUUCAAUUUUUGUCUUUAGUCCCAGUUGUGUACUUCGUGGCCCCAUCUACUGAAACUUUUUAUACACUAGUCAUUUCUAACAAAAAAGAAUAACAAAUACGGUUCUUUAUUCAAUUUAAGUUUUUUUUUUUUUUUUUUUAGACCAGGCAUUUAAAUAUAUAUACUUAACCUUUGAGUCUGUAGACUAUCUUUCCUGAAGGUCCAUGUCCUGAUGAUUCAGAAGCACAAAUAUGUGAUGCCUUUGGUUCAAAAGGCAGCACAGUGACAGGAAGAGUUCCUCUUAGAAGAAAUGCAGAGCAGCCCUAGAACCAAGACUCCCAAAGUCCAGUUGGAAAAGCUGUGGUGAAAAAAGGAAAAAUUAAUAUCUUGGGGGCCUUAUAGCCCAUGUUAUAUUUAGUUGUUUUUCCAAAAAUGUGUGCAAUGUCAACUGGAAUUUAGGUUGUGUUUACAUGCCUGGCCACUUGAGUCACUGUGCACAGUCAGCCAUUCUGUGAUCCAGGUCAGUGGUUGAAAUGACUGCCAUGAUCAUUCCUUUAACUGGUACUGUGGUCAUGUUACUCAGGUGGACCUGAUUUUAGGCACACUUUUUGGUUUAUAGUCCCUUAUAUGUUAUAUAAGGAAAUGUAUGUAAACAAUAGUUAUGUUUGAAUUACUAGCCUAAAUGUUGGCCAUUCAUAUAUGUCAAAAUUUUCCCUAAUAACUUUGUUCUUUUGACCCUCACGUUGGGAGAAAUGAUUGCUAUAAAUAAGGAUAUAGAACCUAAAGACUGCAUCUGAUACCUUUCAAUAGGUUAAUUUAGAAUUUCGAAAUAUAUUUUUAGAAUGUUUCUGAGUUAAACAGCUCUUAAAAUGAAUUAUGUAAGUGAUUGUGGAGGGAAAAGAGAAGAGAUAUUUCAUUAUGGGAUUGCAGGCAAAUGGCAAUAUUUUUAAGGAUUGCCUUCUCUAUGAAGGAUGGUAGGUGAUUUAACCUUAAAAUUGCAAAGCAAUAGUUGGAGACAGAGCUUAGAAUUUAUCAUAUAAGAAAAAAAAGUCUUUUUGGAAAGUACAAGAUAUAGUAGUCAGUAACCAUAUGAUGAUGAAGUCCAUAGUAGGCCAUGACUGAAUCACUGACGGAUUUCAGAAAAGAAGUUAGAGGCGCUCUGCCAAAUUGUGCCUGAAGUCCCUCAACCAGAGACUGAUUCUUAUUUCCCCAUUUACUUGUGUAAAACCAGUCAAAGAGGGGAGUGUCAUUUUGGUUUUUUUUUAAGUGAUUGCAUAAAUAGUCCUGGGCUUCAGAAUUUUUCAGCUAUCAUUUAAGUACGAAUUACGUGAUUUCUCUGAGUCACUCUGAUCUAAAGGGACCACUGCUUUGACAAUCAAUUCUGAAUACAAACAGCAAGAGGAAAAAUUAGUCCAACACUUUUUGCAUCCUUUUAGUUCUUCCUUAUAAUCUGAUAGGAAGAAAUCUUUACUCUGGCUUACACAUUCAAAGCCUUUGGGUAUUUCUCUUGUGAACUGUAGGCAAUGAGUAUUCCCCUUGGUGAUGUUUAAAUCUUCAAAACUAGGAGGGAAGAUGAUCUUCUUCACUUGUAGUUUGCAUGUCAUCCAGUAGGAAAGCUUGAAGCCAUUUUGCUAUGUAUGGAUAUAUUUUCUAAAAGUUACUCUGGAAGUGAAUAUAAUAGGGAAUGAAUAACUUCAUAUUGAAUCUUAAAAUGGCUUAUGGUGUUGGCAUUUGGUUUUCUGAAUUCUAUAAUAUAGAAACAUUUUCUCUGCUUCUCCUUGUUUCUUAAUAUUUUUAAAUCACUGAUAGUUCUCAGAGAUUGGGAUGGAUUCUCUCUGUGCUCUUGGUUUAAAGCAUUAUGCCAUUUUAGUGGCUCAUCUAAAUUUUUUCUAUUCUUGUAAUGAUGGUAGAGCUCUGGAAUCCAUCCAGUAUUUUAAUUUUCCACAGGUAACUUGAUUUUAGUCUGCAAAGGAAUUCAACUUUUCUGUGUUCCCUAACUGUAAGUUUAUGGCUGUAUUACCUGGUCAGGCCUUAAAAGGUUUUUGUGUUCUGUGUUCAUAGGAGUUUGUUCCUUUAGACCAGAGUUUCUCAGUGUUGGCACUAUUACCAUUUUGGGUUGGAUAAUGUUAUCCUGUGUGUUAUAGGCUGUUUAGCACUAUCUCUGGCUUCUACUCACUAGAUACCAGUAGAAUCCCCAGUUUUGUUCUGACAACCAAAAAUGUCUUCAGACAUUACCAUCUGUCCCCUCUGGCAGUGGGGUAGGAACAGAUUCGUCCCUGGUUAAGAACCAGUGCUUUAUACUAACAUUCCUUUUGUCCAGGUGCAUUUAUUUUCACUCUAGCCAUAUAUGCCUCCUGAGUUGUUGUAUGAGAGAAGGUGAUGUAUUUAAUAAUUAUGGAUGGAAGGAAAAUGGUCAUUGGUGUUUUGCUUUUUUGUAAUGCUCAUUUUAAUAAUUGUCAUAUAACAUUAGAAACUCAGGGCUGGAAGGUUCAACUUACGUUUUUCAGCAGGGUCUCAACUUUUAUUUCUUAGUAUUCCUGCUUAUCUUAGGACAGUGAUUGUUAACCUACCUCUCUCUUACUAUAACAGAAUUCAACUUUAUGAUAAAUUUUGCUUUAUCUUUGAACAUUUUGAGUGUACUUUUAGAAAAUGGAUCAUUCUUUAAAUGUUUGUUCAUUGUCCACUAAUGCAUAGAUUUUCCAGACUGUAGCAGUCAUUAAAUACAGAAAAAUAUUGUAUAAAAUUUGGAAAAAUUUGGUAAUCAUAUGUGAAAGUUAGCUGGUGUAGACACCAAUUUUGGAUGUGAUCAGAAGAAUGUCAUGAUAAUUGGUCAUUAACUUGGUAUUACUUGGUAUGGUUAUUAGACACUUAAAUGUGGUUCUUGUGUGGAAAAAGAAUUUUGACUUGAAUAGAUUCUUCUUUUACCAGUGGUCUGAAGUAGAGUAAGGAGGAAUAAAAAAUGAAUCUUAACUGUUGACUUAUUCUCAGAAUUGGUGAUGUGUAAGUGGAGUUGAAGGUAGUUAUCUCUGUGACCAAGAAUCUUCCACCUGGGUUUUUCUUAGGACUAAUGGAAAAAGUGUAGGGUCUAGGAAGGUUGGACUUAAUCAUUAACUUUUAAAAAUUGGUGUGUUGGGGGGUGGGGAGUGUCAAAGUAUUGAUCACGAGUAGUGUCUCUUUAACUGCAGUUUGUCAGUUUGUGAGGACCUUACAUUGUAAUUGUUGGUAAAGGGAGAAAACUAACUGCUGAACUGAAAGUUAUCUUUUAACUGAAAUUAAUCCCUUCGGCACAUGUUUUCUUUAUUUAGGCUGCUUAAUAUGUCUGUGAAUAAUUAAAUAUAAAACAAGUUUCAGUGUAGCACAGUUGGUGCUUCUGACACAGCUAACUUGACCAUAUUCCUUUAUCCUCACUCUAGCAUGAGGUUUUGGUUUUGGUUUUUGUUUUUUCAUAAAACCAUAAAAUAGGUGCAAUAAAAAAAAUAGAGUAUGUCUUAAAAAAAAUCACUGAACUUUUAGAAAUCCCACAUCGAAAUCUCUGUUGCUACCUUUUUAUAACUGACUGCAAAGGAAGAAAACUGAAAGUCAAAAUGAGACUGAGUCUUACUUUUUUCUAACCUAAGAAACAUUUUCACUUGCCACUUGGAGAAGUCAUAACUGGAUUCUAGUUACUUCCCAUAUUGGGCAGAUUAGAGGGGAACCAGCCAACCAAAUUAUGAUCUAGCAAAUUUAACAAGGGGAUAGAGGAGAGUAAACUAUUUUGCCAUAGAUUUGCACUUUAAAAUUAUGAACUGGAUGUUGGUAGACAGGACUCCCAAAGGGCAGAUAGGUAAAUACCUAGCCUGCAUGUGGAUAUUAGAGAAUCAGACUUAUCCUUGCUCGUUCUAAGCCAACCUGAGCAAUAGUUGUCUGUUGACAUAAUCAGAGUCUGGAUUUCCCUAUUUCCCUCCUUGUUGUCAUCUUCCAUGUCUGCUACAUUGACAGUCAUCCCUCUGGGGAAUGUGUCAUGUAGAAUUCUCUUUCUCAGAAUAGAAACUUUGUGCGUUAGUUAUCUUUCCCACGUCUAGAUUUUAACAGUUAAUUUAGAUGUUGGUUAAAUUAAGCUGUGGCUAAUGUGACAAGGGUGGGAAGUUCUUUGCUUCUUUGAUCUGCAGGAUACCUGCCUCUGAGGUGCUAUUGCCUGGAGGGAUCAAUCCCAUCAAAAGACUGGUGGUAGAGAAUAUACAUACAGCUAGCUGCUUCUCCCAGGGUGUCAGUCAUGAUAACGAGCAUCAUUCCAGAAUCUUUGGCUUCUAGAACCAACUCCAUUCUAAAGAACAUUUUAACAUCUAUUAAUACUUUGAUAAUAAUCUUUUAUAUGCAGGAAUUUUGUAGCAUGACUUUAUGACUAAACUUAUUGUGUUAACUUAUUUAGAAAUGUUGAGUUUCUGAAUGUUAUUUUGUGAAACUUGUUUUA